AUGUCUUCUGACAGAGCCGAUGGCUCAUCCGUGACAUACUCUUCUAAUCGUAGCGGCAAUCCCGACCUCCGCCUUAUCCACUACAAUGACGUCUAUCAUGUUGAACCAGGUUCUGCUGAACCAGUAGGCGGCGCCCCUCGAUUUCAGUCCGUAAUCAACCACUAUCGAUCACAUCCUAGCUUCGACGGACAACCUACCCCUCUCACCUUCUUCUCCGGCGACGCAUUCAAUCCCAGUCUAGAGAGCACGGUCACAAAAGGGAGGCACAUGGUGCCUUUUCUGAACAAAGCUGGGACCAAUGUAGCUUGUGUAGGGAACCAUGAUCUCGAUUUCGGUGUCGCGCAGUUCCGCCAUUUGCGCAAUCAAUGCCAGUUCCCUUGGCUCUUAGCCAAUGUCUUAGACCCAGCAUUGGGUGAAGAUGUGCCGAUUGCCAAUUGCGAGAAAACUUGCAUGCUAACGUCCUCAAACGGAAUCAAAGUGGGAGUGAUCGGCCUUGGGGAGCGUGAAUGGCUAGGAACAAUCAACUCCCUUCCUCCCGAUCUUAUCUAUAAGUCCGCUUCGAAGACCGCGAUCGAGCUCGUCCCAUCUCUACGGGAGCAAGGGGCAGAGCUGAUCGUUGCCGUUACGCACCAGCGUGAACCGAAUGACUAUAAGCUAGCUGAAAGCAUACCCUACGGCAUGAUAGAUAUCAUAUUAGGCGGACAUGAUCAUUUCUACGGACAUGCAUUCCUCAAUGGCGUCCAUAUCCUCCGCUCUGGUACGGAUUUCAAACAGUUGAGCUAUAUUGAAGCAUUUCGGAAAACGGACGGCAGAGGAUGGGACUUCAACAUUGUUCGACGAGACAUGGUCCGAUCUAUACCUGAAGAUCCAUCGAGCAUGGCACUCGUGUCUAAGCUCACUUCGAGUCUUAAGGCCAAAUUGGAUAAGCCCAUCGGUUAUACUGUUCGCCCGCUUGAUGGGCGCUUUUCCACUGUCCGUGCUGGGGAAUCCAACUUGGGUAACUUUGCCUGCGAUCUUAUGCGUUUCUAUUAUCGCGCCGAUUGCGCUAUGAUGGCUGGUGGCACCAUCCGUGGCGACCAAAUAUACCCUCCGGGCGUCCUCCGCCUCCGCGACAUCCUAAACUGCUUCCCAUUUGAAGACCCUGUGGUCCUACUUCGUCUAAAGGGCAAGGCCCUUUUAGAUGCUUUAGAGAAUGGUGUCAGCCAGCUUCCUGCUCUUGAAGGCCGCUUCACGCAGGUGUCCAACAUCACGUUCAGCUUCAAUCCAUCUGCGCCUCCCGGCUCGCGCAUCAACUGGGCCAAGAUAGGCGGAAAGGAAAUCCAGUUCGAAGAGAGCUAUACACUAGCCACGCGAGGUUAUAUGGCACGAGGCAAGGACGGAUUCGCCUCACUCCUCGUGCAGUCCGAAGGCGGGGAGGUGGAAGAGCUAGUCGACGAAGAGAGUGGAACACUCAUUAGCACACUAAUGCGCCAAUACUUCCUCAGCCUCAAAGUCAUGGGCCGAUGGCAAAAUCUAAGCAAGAGCAUGACGCGACACUGGGCAGACGUACAGAAAAGCAUGUCAGCAAACGGUUUUCUUAAACCACCCUCGGCGCUCUCAUCUCCAGAUGCAGAAAAAGUCCCCAGUCGCCUCCAGCGUCCUCCUCUCAGCCGCAAACAACAUUACUACUACGGUCGCUUUGCCCAAGCGCAGGCUGCUAUUGACGAAGGAGAGGAACCUGAUAUAGAUGUUUCCAUGGACUCGGACUCGGACUCGGACCCUGAUAUCCUUGUUUCGCCGCGGCCUAUUACCAACUACGUAACGCUGCCGGCGCGGUCGGCAGAGGAGGAAGAACGUCGAUUACGCCUUGCGCGAUGGGCGACGCGCCGCUGGAUGCGGAGAACAGGUAUCAGUUCGACCAUGGAUGAAGACAGCAAAAAUGAUGACCUCUUCACGCCGCAGUGGACUCCAGGCAUUGCUCCUCGGCUAGAGGGGAGAAUCGUUAUCGAGGUUAAGGCGUAGUUGGUACGCGCAACACUUCGAGUAAAGAGCUAGGACUAGACCUUUUGGUGUUACUGGAUUUAAAACGGACUAUCUUGUGGUGGUGGGAUGGAUAUUAUGAAAUUAAAACUUGGUUCGUUUACAAUAGUUUAGACUUUGAGAAUUCAGGCCUUGUCUAUAAAUCCGAUAUGAAUUUUCUCGGU